AUGGGAUCUUCUCUUGGGCGAGAAAUCAACUUCCACUUUGAUGAUAAUCCAUACUUUCAAAAUGAUAUUUUGACAAAGGAAUUCCAUUUGGGCUCAUCUGGUUCCUCAUUUUUAAAUGUCUCAUUUUCAGGUGAUCCAGCCUCUCAGAGUACACCUAUACGAUGGAAGGAAGGGAAUGAUAUAACAAAAAAAGCUAAGGAUAAGAAUAUGGGUAAAGGCAGAAAGAGGGUGAUUGAACAAAAAUCAUUUUUCAAUUGGUUUACUGAUCAUGGUGAUCCAUCUGCUGAUGAUAUUGCAGAGGUGAUUAAAGAUGACAUGUGGCCCAAUCCUCUACAGUACUAUCUGGUGCCUGAUUUUGAGGUAGAAAAUGGUGUUGAAGGAGAAGAUGAAGCAACUGAUGAAGAAGAAGCAGACGAUUCUGUUGUGGUGGUGGAAGAAGAAGUUGAGGAAGAGGAGGAUGUUGAAGGAGAAGAUGGUGAUGAUGAAGUACUCGUUGAAGAAGAUGAUGAGGAGGAGGGAGAGGAUGUUGGGGAAGAGGGAGAUGAUGGUAAGGAAAUAGUGAAGAAGGUGAAGAAGGAGGUGAUGAAUGAACAGUAUCCUGAAAUAAUGUGAAAGACUUAAGGACAGGUGUAUUUCAGUGACGUAUUCAUGUGAAUCCAAUGAGAAGAAACAAAACAUCAGUGGUAUCCCUACUCCCUUGUGCCCCCUAAUUGACUCCUUCGGUUUCUUCGGCAGAAGUCAAGACUUCAUGGCAUAGGCUCUGGUGAGAAUUUGGCUGGAUUGUGCACUGCCAUGUCAUCUGUUUGUUACAGCCUCUAUUUAAAGUUGAUGGCAGUUUCUCGUGUUUUAUGUCUGUACAAUGUUAUAUCUAUGGAUAUCAUUUUCAAAGUAUUCAUGUUUCAUUCACUCUGUCAUACCAGAGUGUUAAAAGGCGCAAGUAAGUCAGGUUUUCCCAGUUUUAUUUUUCCUUUUUAGGUUUCUUUGUACAAGAUUGUACAGAAACUACUGAAUUGUAUUAUACCAAAUUGCUGGCUUUCUUCUUUGUUUUGUUUUGUUUUUUGAUUUUUUUAUUAUUAUUAUUAUUUUUCAUUUUUUUUUUGUGAAACAUUUUGUUUAUGCGUAAUUUACAAUACACUAUUUCCAGUUAAUAGUGUUUGUUAAAUAUUGUGAAGAUGUGAAAUAAGAAUGGCUUUGUUACUAAAGAGCUGCAAAGUUACCUGCAUGCUACCUAUUUUUAAUAAAAUGGACAGAGCCUUUCAUAUUUCAUUCCUUCCUUAAGAAUAAAUUGGCAAAAAGCAUUGCAUGAAAUGUAUAUAUACAAUUUUUAAACAUUGUGAAUAUUUUUUUAAAUAUCUUAAUUUUGAAUGUGAAUCAGUGUUUGGCAUUGCAAAUUACCAUUUUCCUCAUACCCUGGCAUUAAUACUGUUAAUUAGAAAGCUUCUAGUAAACAAUGUAUGUUUCUGUUCGAGUGAUUGUGUAAAGUUUUUUAUUCUUCAUAUAGACUAAGUUGAUUUACUUUGUGUCAAAAUAAAGUAUAUCUCAGUCUGUCUCUCUUUCUCUCUCUCUCAUAUGUAGCAUCGCUUCUUUCCUCUUAGGAUGAAUAUUCAACAUUCUAGUGUGCGUUUCUCUCUCUCUCUCUCUUCUUUUUUUUUUUUUUUUUUUCUUUUUCUUUUUCUUUUUCUUUUCCCCUACCGUCAAGUGGGCUGUUGCUGGGAGAUGCCAGUCAUAGGAAUUUUAUGAGUACAUUUACUAGUUGUUUGUAAAUUUGCAAGUAGUAGGUGAAUGUCCAUGGUGAUUUUUUAAUUCAUAGUUGUCAUUACUACUUUGUAUGCAACUUCAAAGUUAUAACAUUACUAGUACCAAAUUUCUUUGUGGAGCUUGAAGUCUUGAAUAAACACAUUGACAUGAAGACUGACUGAUUGUAUUUCUGGUAGCACAAGUUAAUUGCUUUCCAAAGGUGUCCAAUUUCUGAAGAUAAUAGUAGCCUAUUUUCGUGCAGCUUCAUGGAGAAACUGGGAAUGUGAUGUUGCAAUGGAAUCCAUACAUAUUUUGAAAAUUAGUUUUAAAAAUUAUUUAUCUCCCUCCCUUUUUUCUAUUUGACUUGUAUAUCAAAAAAUUUCGCUUUGAUUGUAUAAUUAGUUUUCAUGAAAGGUUUCUUUCCAUUCCAAAAGGUCAUUUUCAUGGUUAUAAUUUCAAUGUAUCUGAAGUGAGUGAGAGGCAGUCUUGAGAAUUGAGAGGGGGGGUGGGGGGAAGGAAGGGGUUAGCGCACAGCAACAUUUAACUAAUUCAGAAGUGAAGUCAUAUUCCCCGGUUUUCAUUAUUAUAUCUUUCUCUAAUUUUCUGAAGUUAAAGGUUGUGCGUAGGUGUUCCUUUUCCCCAAAACACUCUUACUGUAACAUUUAUGGAUAAAUAUGGAAUGAACAUGCAAAAUAAGUUUUCUCAAUCACCAAUUUAAGAUACUUUAUUGCAAUUUUUUAGUUCAACAUCCCUGUUUUUGGCCCAUUUUCCCUUCACACAUUUCCUACUAUUGUUUAGAGCAGUCAAAUUUAUUGGAUUUACAAUAGGAAAUCCAAUACCUGGUGUUGCAAAUGUUUAUAAAGUGAUAAUGUCACCCUUGGGUGUUCUUAUGUAAUGUUGAUAUGUUUGAAAAUUGAAAAAGUAUUGUUUUAAUAAAUGUACAGUAAUGAAUGAAGUUUGGGUUAAAAUUUUCUUCAACCAGUAUGGCAUGGUAUGGAUGAGAAACAAAAAGGGGCAACAUGGCUGCCACUAAUCUUCAUAGAAAUGUUAAUUGGACACAAAAAGUUCGUUAGGUACAGCAAUUGUAAGUUGAAGUUCAGGCUACAAAUAAUGUUUUCUUAAGAUCUUGGAUAUUGGGAAGAAAUGUGGAGAGAAAUUUUAGUUUUGUGCUUUAAGAUCAAAUCAAUUUACAGAUUUUAUAUUUUUAUAUGAACUUGUGCAUUUGAUGUACCUAAAAUUAAUUUUAUUUCAAAUUUAAUUGGCUAUUUAAAAUGUUGAUCUUGUUAUUGAAACAGUUCAUUGAGAUUUGGAGGUACUGUGAAAGUCUGUUUUCAAAUAUGGCAUAAAUUAGAAUUUGGAUUUUUGGUAGUGGUUUCAGUUCGGAAAUAUUUGAUGUUGUUGAGCAGUUGCAGUACAGGUUUCUAUGAAAUAGAAUAAUGUUUUUCUUAUGAUUUAAUUAAAAGUAUUAGUUUUUAUAUUGAGACAAUUUUUUUUAUUUACAAGUGAAUUUAUUUUAGUGGUGUGCUUUUUCCCCCUUUCAUUUUCUUUUUUCCUUCCUUUUUUUUUUCUUCCAAUAGUUGAUUGCAAUACUGCAUGGGGAAUCUUGUUUAAAUGAGGAGCCCUGAGUAAUUGCUUUCUAAAAAUUGCAAUAUACACCUCUAUGAACAUAAGAAAGUAAUUGUUUACAAAUUAGUAAGGAUGAUAUUGCACCAGUUACUUACUCCUGGGCUCACCUUCCGCAUAGUAUUUGUAUUUAGAAUUUUUAUAUUUAGCAAUGAAAGUGAAACCACUUUUAUUCAGCUGCUCAGUUCUGCAAUACAUUACUUCAAAUGUCAAGUAGAAUGAUCAAUUACUUCCUUUCGUUGAUACGGGUGUAGUGCCAAAUUUUAAGGUGCUUACAAAAUGAAUAAGCUUCGUUCUGUAAUCUCUGAUUUGGUGAUCAAUAUUAAAGAAAAAAUGGGCCAAUGAGAGACUUGGUAGAAUAUUUUCUAAAUGAUCCCUUUAAAAAUGUAAUAAUAACAAAUGUUUCCUCUAAGCUUUGUCGUAUUGGGAGACCAAAUUGUAUUUACAUAUUGUGUUACAAAAAGUAUGAAUGAGUGGAAUUUCAAGAGUAAAAUGCCAUUUAACAGUCUAUUGCUUUGGUACCUGCUGUUCAGUGUCUGUGUUUGCAUGGAUGUAUUCUAAACCUGUGUUAACUUCCAUGUGUUUCAGGAGAAUAAAUGUUUCUUAUUUUUCAUUCUUGGUGUGAAUGUCUAGUUUAGAAUUCAAAAUUUUCUGUCAUGUGUCUGCCUUCUCAUUAUUGAUGUUGAGUGUUAGAUUUUGGUCAAUAGUAUUGUGUAGAUUUAUGAGAGAUAGUCCAUGUUUGUCCUUGUAACAUAUUUUGCCUUCAUUUUUGCCAUGUAUUUGAAAACUGUACCUAGUUUUGGACCCCCCAAAAAUUCAACACCUAUAUUGAUGUGAUUUUUAAGUUAGCUAAUAAUUUAUUUACUUUAUAUGGGUUACAAAACUUUGUGAACUGAAGUUUGAAUGCCUAAGGAAAUGUUAAAAUGCAAUUUUCUUUAGAUAUUAAGGGCAACUUUGUUUCCUUGGGCAUUAUGAUAACAGUUCAUUUGAUAUAAAAUGAGAAUGAUGUGCAUUAAGAACUAAGUUAUUUUCGAAGGAAACUUCAUUAAAGUAUGUGAACUGACUUCCAAAGUUCUGAAC